CUGGGCCUUUUGAGACCCGACAUGUGGAGAUAAACCUGUGGAAUAACACGCACACUGGAAUAUAGCUCAGUAUUGGUUGGGACAUCCACUUGUGAAGAGGCAGGUGCCAGAGCCAAGCUGGGGGCCAUAGAGAGCCAGAUAGACAGUCCUGAUGGCAGAAACCUGGAAGGCAGUCUGCUCUGAACACGUGCUCUAGGAGCCCGCCCCGCCAGGGGCCACACUUCACGCGGAAACACUGCACAGGUGUGUGAGUCCAUGAGGUCGUCCAUGCUGGUCCUGCUCCUCAUGGUCAGUGCCCAGGCAGUGGCCACCAUGGGAGGGGACUUCUGCCCCCCGGUCUCCGUUCAGCAGCAAGGCCCUGCCCCCAAAAGGACCCCUAACUCUGCCCCCACCGUGGAUCCCAAACUGUUCACCAAGCGACGCUACCGCUCGCCCCGCGUUCUCUUCAGUGCCCAGCCGCCCGACACUGAGCCCAUGGGACGCCAGGGGUCCGGGGCCAGCAGGGCAAGGCGCAGGGUUAGUCAGCCGAAGCACCGGGGGGUGUACUCUGUGUGUGAGAGCAUCAGCGUCUGGGUAGGCAACAAGACCAAGGCCACGGAUAUAUCUGGCAACGAGGUGGAGGUGCUCCCGGACGUGAACAUUAACAACGUGAAGAAGAAGCAGUACUUUUUUGAGACCACGUGCCGUGGCGCACGGGGAGGCAGCACUGGCUGCCUGGGCAUCGAUGGGCGACACUGGAACUCCUACUGCACCAACUCGCACACUUUUGUGCGGGCACUGACUUCCUUCAAAAACCUGGUGGCCUGGAGACUGAUCCGCAUCAACGUGGCCUGUGUCUGUGUGCUUAGCCGAAAGUCCUGGCGACAGUGACCGUACUCUCACGGGUCAUGUGGUCACUUCAGUACUGACGACAGGACCACUUGGUACUAUCAUAUGGUCAUUGCAGUACUGCAGUCCCAACCCCCCACCACCUACCCACUGGAGUGCUCUGAGACUCUGCCCCACUACAGCCCUCACCUAGCCGUCUGCACAAAGUAAAUUAUUGAUUAUGAGGACUGCAAGUAUAUAAACCAACCAUUUCUUUAUCACUUGUUGUUGUUGUUGUUUUGUUGUUGAUAUUGUUAUUUAUUAAACACCUCAGUACAUGCACUGCAUGUUGUUUGGCGUUAUUGUCUGGGUGGUGGCUGUCACAGGGACCAAUGUCA